UCGUCUCAGUUUGUGUGUGAGACGUCGAUGUGAACGAGUUUUUUCAGUUGAAUGUAAUACAGCUAACGUGAUGAGGCUAAGCUAGCUGUCAGCCAGGCAUCCACGGGUUUUGCUGCAGAGUUAGCUACCGGAUGCUCCCGGUGUCGUAUCCUACUGGCCGUCUUGACAUUCCCUCAACAUUCCUGGACGAAUUCGUGUCGACUGACCAGAGUCCGCGAAUUCAGGUCCACUCCCAAUCUAACCUUUCCCCGCUGUCGUAACGUAGCUUGCCGGCUAACUGAGACUGCACACCCGGAGAACCGGACUUAAGAGGUAACGUUAAGUUAGCAGGCGGACUACGGCUAAUGGCGUAGCUAUCACCGGGAGGAAAGGCAUCUCCUUCAAGGAAAAACCGGGGUCUGACAUAGAAAAGGGAGGCCGUCUGUUAAACGUGUGGAUACACGUUUAUAUAUUUCUCAAAAUCACCAAUCUGGCUGCUAACAUUUGGCCUAUUUAACACCGGUGAACAAGUUCCACUUAAGGACCACACCCAGACAAGAUGUCCCUUCAUCAGUUUCUGUUGGAACCCAUCACCUGCCACGCGUGGAACCGCGACAGGACACAAAUAGCCAUCAGUCCAAAUAACCAUGAAGUCCAUAUCUACAAGAAGAGUGGCAACCAGUGGGUUAAGACCCAUGAGCUGAAGGAGCACAAUGGACACAUAACAGGUAUUGACUGGGCUCCCAAAAGUGACCGUAUAGUGACAUGUGGAGCAGACCGUAAUGCCUAUGUGUGGUCCCAGAAGGAAGGGGUAUGGAAGCCAACACUGGUCAUCCUCAGGAUCAACCGAGCUGCCACCUUCGUCAAGUGGUCUCCACUGGAGAACAAGUUUGCAGUUGGAAGUGGUGCUCGACUCAUCUCUGUCUGCUACUUUGAGUCUGAGAAUGACUGGUGGGUGAGCAAGCACAUCAAGAAGCCAGUACGCUCCACCAUCCUCAGUCUGGACUGGCAUCCCAACAACAUCCUGCUGGCUGCUGGAUCCUGUGACUUCAAAUGCAGGGUGUUCUCAGCCUACAUUAAGGAGGUGGAAGAGAAACCAGGCCCCACACCCUGGGGCAGCAAGAUGCCAUUUGGCGCUGUGCUAGCAGAAUUUGGAGGAGCGGGUGGAGGGGGUUGGGUCCACUCUGUCUCUUUCUCAGCCUCUGGUAACCGCCUGGCCUGGGUCAGCCAUGAUAGCACUGUCACUGUGGUGGACAGCUCCAAGACUGCCAGUCCCUCACAGCUGAAGACGGAGUUCCUUCCUCUCCUCAGUGUCAUUUUUGUUUCAGAGAACAGUCUAGUAGCUGCGGGCCACGACUGUUGCCCCAUGCUGUUCCGUUGCGACGAUGGUGGAGCGCUGACAUUUGUGUCAAAGCUUGACCUCCCCAAGCAGAGCAUCCAGAGGAACAUCUCUGCCAUGGAGCGCUUCAGGAACAUGGACAAAAGAGCCACCACCGAGGACCGCAACACUGCCCUGGACACACUGCACCAGAACAGCAUCACCCAAGUGUCGAUCUAUGAAGGAGAUAAAAGGGAUUGUCGCAAGUUCUGCACCACAGGCAUCGAUGGAGCAAUGACCAUUUGGGACUUCAAGAGUCUAGAAGCUUCUAUCCAGGGUCUCCGCAUCAUGUGAAGAAAUCUUAUAAAUGAAUGAAGAAACGCAGCAGGCCUCACUUCUCCCCCUCGCCCCCCCCCCCCCUCCCUUCUUUCCACCUCACCCCCUCUCUGCAACGCAGCCAGUAACACAUAACUGACCGCCUAAUCGAGUGUCUGCUGAAGCACUGAUCAGACCAUAACACACUCUUGUGGGUGUGUGCAAACACUCUCUCACACACACACACACACACACUAAAGUACACGCAUACACUACACGCACACACUGAGCUGACGUGUGACAUCACUGUUGAUUUUUUUUUUUUUUUUUGUUUUGUUUUUAAAUGAAGGUUAACCAGGUGUCAAAGUGGGAAGCUCCUCUGACACGUAUUAAAACGUGACGUGAAAUGUGUGUUUUUAUGUUCUCUAACCUCCUGUACCAAAAGUUGAACACGAAAAAGGUGCGUUUUAUCCAAAAGUCAGACUGUAUGUCACCUCAGAUCAACCUUAACAUGAUCUCUGAAUAUCACUGUUUAGUAGAACGGAGGACGUGAUGCUUUACUUCCUGGAGUCUAGUAAAUAUUCUCCAGCAGGUGAAGUCAUUGUUCAGAUUAGGACCCGGGUUAUUGAUAUUCUGAGGUCACGUUGCUGGUUGGCUGUAGAGAGCUGUACAGGAUCUGAUGGUGGAGAGAGAAAGCAGUUGUCUGAACUCUGUGGAGUCACGGCUGGCCAGCACUAGGCUCUGUAGCUACUACACUAAAACCACACAAGAUGGAGGAUUUCUAUGUAACAGAUCAUGAGGUAGGCAUGAAAUAAAGAUGUACAUUUACAGUACACAACUCA